AUGUUCUCCUGUCUUACCCUCUUUCCAGUGGAUCCUUUUGUCUGCACGACUCAGGCCAUAGCUGACAUAGUGAUCCAUGUUCUCCUGUCUUACCCUCUUUCCAGUGGAUCCUUUUGUCUGCACGACUCAGGCCAUAGCUGACAUAGUGAUCCAUGUUCUCCUGUCUUACCCUCUUUCCAGUGGAUCCUUUUGUCUGCACGACUCAGGCCAUAGCUGACAUAGUGAUCCAUGUUCUCCUGUCUUACCCUCUUUCCAGUGGAUCCUUUUGUCUGCACGACUCAGGCCAUAGCUGACAUAGUGAUCCAUGUUCUCCUGUCUUACCCUCUUUCCAGUGGAUCCUUUUGUCUGCACGACUCAGGCCAUAGCUGACAUAGUGAUCCUGGUGGAUGGAUCCUGGAGCAUCGGCAGGAUCAACUUCCGCUUGGUCCGCAUGUUCCUGGAGAACCUGGUCAACGCUUUCAGCGUCGGGAUGGACCAGACCAGGAUAGGUAAGCAGUAGCAUCACUGUCUGUUAUUAACCAGGAUAGGUAAGCAGUAGCAUCACUGUCUGUUAUUAACCUUACUGUACUGUACUGUCACAGGGUUCAAUAGCCUGGUCAAAUGCAGGUAUGAAGUAUAUUCCCUCAUGUAAGCCUUAUCCUAAAAUUAAACAUACAGUUGAAGUCGGAAGUUUACAUACACCUUAGCCAAAUACAUUUAAACUCAGUUUUUCACAAUUCCUGACAUUUAAUCCUAGUAAAAAUUCCCUGUCUUAGGUCAGUUAGGAUCACCACUUUAUUUUAAGAAUGUGAAAUGUCAGUAUAAUAGUAGAGAGAAUGAUUUAUUUCAGCUUUUAUUUAUUUCAUCACAUUCCCAGUGGGUCAGAAGUUUACAUACACUCAAUUAGUAUUUGGUAGCAUUCCCUUUAAAUUGUUUAACUUGGGUCAAACGUUUCGGGUAGCCUUCCACAAGCUUCCCACAAUAAGUUGGGGGAAUUUUGGCCCAUUCCUCCUGACAGAGCUGGUGUAACUGUUUUUUUUUUUUUUUUUUUUUUUUUGUCAUUUAGCAGACGCUCUUAUCCAGAGCGACUUACAGGAGCAAUUAGGGUUAAGUGCCUUGCUCAAGGGCACAUCGACAGAUUUUUCACCUAGUCGGCUCGGGGAUUAGAACCAGGGACCUUUCGGUUACUGGCACAACGCUCUUAACCACUAAGCUACCUGCCGCCCUAACUGAAUCAGGUUUGUAGUCCUCCUUGCUCACACACGCCUUUUCAUUUCUGCCCACACAUUUUCUAUAGGAUUGAGGUCAGGGCUUUUUCCUGGCCACUCCAAUACCUUGACUUUGUUGUCCUUAAGCCAUUUUGCCACAACAUUGGAAGUAUGCUUGGGGUCAUUAUCCAUUUGGAAGACCCAUUUGCAACCAUGCUUUAACUUCCUGACUGAUGUCUUGAGAUGUUGCUUCAAUAUAUUCAUAUAAUUUUCCUUCCUCAUGAUGCCAUCUAUUUUGUGAAGUGCACCAGUCCCUCCUGCAGCAAAGCACCCCCACAGCAUGAUGCUGCCACCCCUGUGCUUCACGGUUGGGAUGGUGUUCUUCGGCUUGCAAUCUUCCCCUUCUUCCUCCAAACAUAACAAUGGUCAUUAUGGCCAAACAGUUCUAUUUUUGUUUCAUCAGACCAAGAGGACAUUUCUCCAAAAAGUACGAUCUUUGUCCCCAUGUGCAAUUGCAAACCGUAGUCUGGCUUUUUUAUGGCGGUUUUGUAGCAGUGGCUUCUUCCUUGCUGAGCGGCCUUUCAGGUUAUGUCGAUUUAGGACUUGUUUUACUGUGGAUAUAGAUACUUUUGUACCCGUUUCCUCCAGCAUCUUCACAAGGUCCUUUGCUGUUGUUCUGGGAUUUAUUUGCACCAAAGUACGUUCAUCUCUAGGAGACAGAACGCGUCUCCUUCCUGAGCGGUAUGACGGCUGCGUGGUCCCAUGGUGUUUAUACUUGCAUACUAUUGUUUGUACAGAUGAACAUGGUACCUUCAGGUGUUUGGAAAUUGCUCCCAAGGAUGAACCAGACUUGUGGAGGUCUAAACAUUUUUUUCUGAGGUCUUGGCUGAUUUCUUUUGAUUUUCCCAUGAUGUCAAGCAAAGAGGCAGUCAGUUUGAAGGUAGGCCUUGAAAUACAUCCACAGGUACAUCUCCAAUUGACUCAAAUGAUGUCAAUUAGCCUAUCAGAAGCUUCUAAAGCCAUGACAUCAUUUUCUGGAAUUUUCCAAGCUGUUUAAAGGCACAGUCAACUUGGUGUAUGUAAACUUCUGACCCACUGGAAUUGUGAUACAGUGAAUUAUAAGUGAAAUAAUCUGUCUGUAAACAAUUGUUGUAAAAAUUACAAAACUUGCAUCAUGCACAAAGUAGAUGUCCUAACCGACUUGCCAAAACUAUAGUUUGUUAACAAGAAAUUUGUGGAGUGGUUGAAAAAUGACGUUUAAUGACUCCAACCUAAAGUGUAUGUAAACUUCCGACUUCAACCGUAUGUUAUUCUAGUCUAUUCCACUGUGUUCCCUCCCAGGUCUGGCCCAGUACAGUGGGGACCCCAGGAUAGAGUGGCAUCUGAAUGCCUUCAGCACUAAAGAUGCAGUUCUCGAUGCUGUGAAGAACCUGCCCUACAAGGGAGGCAACACACUGACAGGUACGCUACACCAGCAGGUCCCUCCGACUUCAUCCCUAAUGACAGCUAUGGAAAGGUCACAAUACAUUUAGCCCAGAGGGGGAUGUUAAGCAAUGCUUAAUACAACAUCUACACAGAUGUACUGAAAUCUGUUUAUAGGGGGAUGUUAAGCAAUGCUUAAUACAAAAUCUACACAGAUGUACUGAAAUCUGUUUAUAGGGGGAUGUUAAGCAAUGCUUAGUACAAAAUAUACACAGAUGUACUGAAAUCUGUUUAUAGGGGGAUGUUAAGCAAUGCUUAGUACAAAAUAUACACAGAUGUACUGAAAUCUGUUUAUAGGGGGAUGUUAAGCAAUGCUUAAUACAAAAUCUACACAGAUGUACUGAAGUCUGUUUAUAGAUUUUUGCGUGAAUGUAAAGUGGUUCGUUAAGGGUAACAAGAGUCAGUGAGGAAAAGCUAUGUGACUUUUUGAAGUAUCAACCAGUGGAGCCAUCAUCAGUGACCUGUGUGUAUCUGUGUAACUGUGUAUCUGUUUAACUGUGUAUCUGUCUAUUUGUGUAUCUGUGAAUCUGUGAAUCUGUGAAUCUGUGUAUCUGUGUAGCUUUGAAUCUGUGUAUCUGUGUAGCUGUGAAUCUGUGUAUCUGUGUAGCUGUGAAUCUGUGUAUCUGUGUAACUUAACUGUUUAACUCUUUGUAUAUCUGUGUGUAUCUGGGUACACUGAGUGUGCAAAACAUUAGGAACACCUUCCUAAUAUUGAGUUGCAUCCCCUUUUUGCCCUCAGAACAGCCUCAAUUCGUCGGGGCAUGGACUCUACAAGGUGUCGAAGCGUUCCACAGGGAUGCUGGCCCAUGUUUACUCCAAUGCUUCCCACAGUUGUGUUCAAGUUGGCUGGAUGUCCUUUGGGUGGUGGACCAAUCUUGAUACACACAGGAAACUGUUGCUUGUGAAAAACCCAGCAGCGUUGCAGUUCUUGACAUACUCAAACCGGUGUGCCUGGAACCUACUACCAUACCCUGUUCAAAGGCACUUAAAUAUUUUGUCUUGCCCAUUCACCCUCUGAAUGGCACACAUACACAAUCCAUGUCUCAGUUGUCUCAAUGCUUAGAAAUCCUUCUUUAACCUGUCGCCUCCCCUUCAUCGACACUGACUUGAAGUGGAUUUAACAAGUGACAUCAGUAAGGGAUCGUAACGUUCACCAGGAUUCACCUGGUCAGUCUAUGUCAUGGAAACUCAGUGUAUCUGUGUAUGUCCGUAGGCCUGGCCCUGACCUAUAUCCUGGAGAACAGCUUCAAGCCCGAGUCGGGCUCCAGGAGCGGCGUACCCAAAGUUGGUAUCCUGAUCACAGACGGGAAGUCCCAGGAUGAUGUGAUCCCCCCCGCCCAGAGCCUGAGGGACGCUGGCGUCGAACUCUUCGCCGUCGGUAGGACGCAGGGCCUUGUUGUCCUUACUGUAGUAUGAACACGUGAUGGCGUCUUUAGGUGAACUACAGUGCAUUCGGAAAGUAUUUAGACCCCUUGGCUUUUUCUGCAUUUUGUUACGUUACAGCCUUAUUCUCAAAUUGAUUAAUUCGGUUUUUUUCCCCCCUCAUCAAUCUACACACAAUACCGCAUAAUGACACAAUCAAUUGAAUUUACCACAGGUGGACUCCAAUCAAGUUGUAGAAACAUCUCAAGGAUGAUCAAUGGAAACAGGAUGCACCUGAGCUCAAUUUCUAGUCUCAUAGCAACGGGUCUGAAUACUUAUGUAAAUAAGGUUUAUUUUUAUAUUUUUAUAUACAUUUGCAAUAAUGUAUAACAACCUGUUUUCGCUUUGUCAUUAUGGGGUAUUGUGUGUAGAUUGCUGAGAAUUUUUAUUUAUUUAAUCCAUUUUAGAAUAAGGCUGUAACGCAACAAAAUGUGGAAAGUGUCAAGGGGUCUGAAUACUGCGAGACUUGAUGCUGUCGGUAGGACACAUUUAGUGUGCCAUGUAUGUUGUUUUAGAGGCAAAGGCUGACAAUGUGACACAUUUUGAUAUACUUCUGCCCUUUGUGUUAUGUUAAGGGAAACAAAAGGAAAUGGAUAGAUCUUGAUCUUAAUCCUAAUCUUGAUCUUAAUCUUAAUUUAAAUCUUAAUCCUGAUCUUAAUCUUAAUCUUGAUUUUAGUGCUCUCUCUCCCUGCGUGCAGGUGUGAAGAACGCUGAUGAGAAUGAGCUGAGGGCCAUAGCUUCUGAGCCUGACCACACUCAUGUGUACAACGUGGCAGACUUCAGCAUCAUGAGCUCCAUAAUAGAGGGACUUACCAAGAUAGUAUGUGAACGGGUAGAGGAGCAGGACAAGGAGAUCAAAGGUGAACAAAUCAAAUCAGAGAGCAAAGCUGUUGACACGUCAGUCAUCACACUACUGUCUACCUCCACAGUACUGUCUCAUGCACUUAGACAUAGUGCACAGUCUUUAAUAUUGAGCAGGCCUCAGGUAGUCGCUAGAAAUCUGAGCUGAAAUAACUCCUGUCUGUUUAAUACACUUCAUACUUAAUCAGCAUGCAUUUGAAUCAUCAUAAUGCUGUCCAUGUGUAGUGCACGCUGAAUAAACAGGUUCCAAAAGGGAUCUUCGGCUGUCCCCAUAGGAAUACCCUUUUGGGUCCCAUGUACAACCCUCUAUGGAAUGAGUUCUACAUGGAACCCAAAAGGGUUCUACCUGGAGCCAAAAGGGUUCUAGCUGGAACCAAAAAGAGUUAUUCACAGAGUUAUCCUAUGGGGACAGCCGAAGAACCCUAGAUAGCACAAACCUUCCAGACCAUACAUUCUCUAACCGUCCGUUAUAAUGUAUCUCCAGGAGAGACGGCAGAUAAGGAGACACAGGUAGCUCCGAGUGACAUCAACGUGUCCUUACAGUACAGUAUACUGAACAGUCGUUCACCUUAUAUGAUGCUAUCCUGGACUAUCUGAAUGUCUGUUUCUCCAGGAGAGUCUGCAGAACAGGAGACACGGGGAGCUCCUCAGGACCUAGUGAUAUCAGAGGUGACAGCCAGGAGUUUCAGGGUGUCCUGGAGUCACGCCCCCGGCAGUGUAGAGAAGUACCGUGUGGUGUAUUACCCAGCUACCCAGGGAGGACGGCCUGAAGAGGUAUACACUCACACACCAUCUUGCUCUCCCACCCAAUAGUCGCGUAUCCGUUUUUUUUUUUAAUGUCCAUCUGCUGCAGUUGAAACCAGGGGUCGGGAACCUAAAUAAUUUUCCAAUCGUUUUGUUCUGAAUAGAAUCACAAAUUAUUUUCGUUCCGUUCCACUGUUCCGACUAGCAAAAUAAAGUUCUGAACCGGUUCGAACCAAAAAACAACAGUACCAGUUUAUAUCAUUCCUUUUGGUUCCUUUUUUAACGUGUGAAAUCAACAGCUUUUUACAUUUAGCUCAUUAAAUGACUUGACCAAUCAGUGCGGAGAGAGCAGGCAAGCUAGUUGCGCAAGAUGCGACGGAAAUGUUGCGGGUGGGGAGAGAUCAAGAGAGGGUUGAGGAGGAGGCUUGAAGCGCUGGGCAUCUUGUUAUGACAUGCAUUAUCUGAAUUAGGUCCACAGAAUUACACCCAGGAGGAGCGGCUUCUAUGGAGAAACUUUUGAACGUCCUUUGAGCUAGCUAGCUAACAAAAGCUUGUGUGUGCAGAGCGGCACCAGAAUCAAAAACACGUCUUGUCGUUUUGUAGUUAAUAAAUCCAACGUGAAAUGUGAUAACUAGGCCUAUAGUAUCCUUAACUAGCAUUGAAAAAGUGAAUCCAUUCUUUACUAGCUAAUUAAAAAGCUUUCUCCCUAUCUUCUGAAUCAAGCGUCAAUGUAACGUCAGUACAGUAGCCUAUACGUCUGAGGGGGGAGUGGGCAGGUAGCCUAAACACGCACAGAUAAAGAUGUUCAGCUUGCAGGCAGACACUGGAAUACGUUUCUGAGUGACAGAGUGAGGGCUUUGCAUAGGCGCUUUGUUGCAUUCUUUUGUUGGGACUAGACAAAAAUGCCUGGAACGUUAAAUAACGUUAUUAACCGGUUCCCAUGCUUUUAAAAAUAACGGUUCUGUUCUGGAACAGUAUGGAUCACUUUCGUUCCUGGUUCCGUUUCUGUUUGAAAAAUGUCGUUCUUUUCCAGUUUUUCUGUUCUGUUCCCUGAACCGGUUCCAACCCUGGUUAAAACACACCCACUGUAAAUUCAGUGAGACACAAGACAAUAAAUGACUGAAUGCACACCUGAUACUGCAGUGAAAUGUCAGUCAUUCCCCUUGCCCUGUCUUCUGUCCUCCUCCGUCCCUCCCCUGAAUUCAUCCAGUACUCCAGUCAUAGUUGAAACACUCACUGGGAAAAACAACGGAGUGCACACGACACCCCUGGCCUCUAUCGGCGUUCCUCCAUCCCUCAUCCCCUGUAUCCAUCCAGUACUCCAGCUGUCUAGGCUGUGUCCCAAAUGGUGCCCUGUGGGCCCUGUCAAAAGUAGUUCAGAUGUACAGGACUACUUUACUGGAUGUAUUGACUCCAGAUGUACAGGACUACUUUACUGGAUGUAUUGACUCCAGAUGUACAGGACUACUUUACUGGAUGUAUUGACUCCAGAUGUACAGGACUACUUUACUGGAUGUAUUGACUCCAGAUGUACAGGACUACUUUACUGGAUGUAUUGACUCCAGAUGUACAGGACUACUUUACUGGAUGUAUUGACUCCAGAUGUACAGGACUACUUUACUGGAUGUAUUGACUCCAGAUGUUCAGGACUACUUUACUGGAUGUAUUGACUCCAGAUGUUCAGGACUACUUUACUGGAUGUAUUGACUCCAGAUGUACAGGACUACUUUACUGGAUGUAUUGACUCCAGAUGUACAGGACUACUUUACUAUUUGUAUUGACUCCAGAUGUUCAGGACUACUUUACUGGAUGUAUUGACUCCAGAUGUACAGGACUACUUUACUGGAUGUAUUGACUCCAGAUGUUCAGGACUACUUUACUGGAUGUAUUGACUCCAGAUGUACAGGACUACUUUACUGGAUGUAUUGACUCCAGAUGUUCAGGACUACUUUACUGGAUGUAUUGACUCCAGAUGUUCAGGACUACUUUACUGGAUGUAUUGACUCCAGAUGUACAGGACUACUUUACUGGAUGUAUUGACUCCAGAUGUUCAGGACUACUUUACUGGAUGUAUUGACUCCAGAUGUUCAGGACUACUUUACUGGAUGUAUUGACUCCAGAUGUACAGGACUACUUUACUGGAUGUAUUGACUCCAGAUGUACAGGACUACUUUACUGGAUGUAUUGACUCCAGAUGUUCAGGACUACUUUACUGGAUGUAUUGACUCCAGAUGUACAGGACUACUUUACUGGAUGUGUUGACUCCAGAUGUACAGGACUACUUUACUGGAUGUAUUGACUCCAGAUGUGCAGGACUACUUUACUGGAUGUAUUGACUCCAGAUGUACAGGACUACUUUACUGGAUGUAUUGACUCCAGAUGUACAGGACUACUUUACUGGAUGUAUUGACUCCAGAUGUACAGGACUACUUUACUGGAUGUAUUGACUCCAGAUGUUCAGGACUACUUUACUGGAUGCAUUGACUCCAGAUGUACAGGACUACUUUACUGGAUGUAUUGACUCCAGAUGUACAGGACUACUUUACUGGAUGUAUUGACUCCAGAUGUUCAGGACUACUUUACUGGAUGUAUUGACUCCAGAUGUACAGGACUACUUUACUGGAUGUAUUGACUCCAGAUGUACAUUACUACUUUACUGGAUGUAUUGACUCCAGAUGUACAGGACUACUUUACUGGAUGUAUUGACUCCAGAUGUACAGGACUACUUUAUUGGAUGUAUUGACUCCAGAUGUACAGGACUACUUUAUUGGAUGUAUUGACUCCAGAUGUUCAGGACUACUUUACUGGAUGUAUUGACUCCAGAUGUACAGGACUACUUUACUGGAUGUAUUGACUCCAGAUGUACAGGACUACUUUACUGGAUGUAUUGACUCCAGAUGUUCAGGACUACUUUACUGGAUGCAUUGACUCCAGAUGUACAGGACUACUUUACUGGAUGUAUUGACUCCAGAUGUACAGGACUACUUUACUGGAUGUAUUGACUCCAGAUGUUCAGGACUACUUUACUGGAUGCAUUGACUCCAGAUGUACAGGACUACUUUACUGGAUGUAUUGACUCCAGAUGUACAGGACUACUUUACUGGAUGUAUUGACUCCAGAUGUACAGGACUACUUUACUGGAUGUAUUGACUCCAGAUGUUCAGGACUACUUUACUGGAUGUAUUGACUCCAUAUGUACAGGACUACUUUACUGGAUGUAUUGACUCCAGAUGUACAGGACUACUUUACUGGAUGUAUUGACUCCAGAUGUUCAGGACUACUUUACUGGAUGUAUUGACUCCAGAUGUACAGGACUACUUUACUGGAUGUAUUGACUCCAGAUGUACAGGACUACUUUACUGGAUGUAUUGACUCCAGAUGUACAGGACUACUUUACUGGAUGUAUUGACUCCAGAUGUACAGGACUACUUUAUUGAAUGUAUUGACUCUGUGUAUCUCUCUGGCCCAGUCUCUGUGUAUCUCUCUGACCCAGUCUCUGUGUAUCUCUGUUAAUCUCUCUGACCCAGUCUAUGUGUAUCUCUCUGGCCCAGUCUCUGUGUAUUUCUGUGUUUCUCUCUGGCCCAGUCUCUGUGUAUCUCUCUGACCCAGUCUCUGUGUAUCUCUGUUAAUCUCUCUGACCCAGUCUAUGUGUAUCUCUCUGGCCCAGUCUCUGUGUAUUUCUGUGUUUCUCUCUGGCCCAGUCUCUGUGUAUCUCUCUGACCCAGUCUCUGUGUAUCUCUGUGUAUCUCUCUGGCCCAGUCUCUGUGUAUCUCUGUGUAUCUCUCUGACACAGUCUCUGUGUAUCUCUCUGACCCAGUCUCUGUGUAUUUCUGUGUUUCUCUCUGACCUAGUCUCUGUGUAUCUCUGUGUAUCUCUCUGGCCCAGUCUCUGUGUAUCUCUCUGACCCAGUCUCUGUGUAUCUCUCUGACCCAGUCUCUGUGUAUCUCUCUGACCCAGUCUCUGUGUAUCUCUGUGUAUCUCUCUGACCCAGUCUCUGUGUAUCUCUCUGACCCAGUCUCUGUGUAUCUCUCUGACCCAGUCUCUUUGUAUCUCUCUGACCCAGUCUCUGUGUAUUUCUGUGUUUCUCUCUGACCCAGUCUCUUUGUAUUUAUGUGUAUCUCUCUGGCCCAGUCUCUGUGUAUCUCUCUGACCCAGUCUCUGUGUAUCUCUCUGACCCAGUCUCUGUGUAUCUCUGUGUAUCUCUUUGACCCAGUCUCUGUGUAUCUCUCUGACCCAGUCUCUGUGUAUUUCUGUGUUUCUCUCUGACCCAGUCUCUUUGUAUUUAUGUGUAUCUCUCUGGCCCAGUCUCUGUGUAUCUCUCUGACCCAGUCUCUGUGUAUCUCUCUGACCCAGUCUCUGUGUAUCUCUGUGUAUCUCUUUGACCCAGUCUCUCUGUAUCUCUCCCAGUCUGUGGUGGACGGCACAGAGAACUCUGUGGUUGUGCAGAAUCUCAACUCCUUGACAGAGUACCAGUUAGCUGUGUUUGCUGUCUACACCAGCUCAGCUAGCGAGGCACUUCGUGGCAGCGAGACCACAUGUGAGUCCACCUCCCUUCUCAUUGUCAGCAAGACUAUUUUCUACAGUUGUUAUUUUUUCCUCAGCUCCUGUGCCAAGUUGGAUGGGUGUAAACAUACUCUUUCACCUAGGUUUAACCCACCUCUCUGUGUGUGUCUGUGUGUCUGUGUGUCUGUGUGUCUGUGUGUCUGUGUGUGUCUGUCUGUAUGUCUGUGUGUCUGUGUGUCUGUGUCUGUGUGUCUGUGUGUCUGUGUGUGUCUGUGUCUGUGUGUCUGUGUGUGUCUGUGUGUGUCUGUGUCUGUGUGUCUGUGUGUGUCUGUCUGUGUGUCUGUGUGUCUGUGUGUCUGUGUCUGUGUGUCUGUGUGUCUGUGUGUGUCUGUGUCUGUGUGUGUCUGUGUCUGUGUGUCUGUGUGUGUCUGUGUGUCUGUGUGUCUGUGUGUCUGUGUGUGUCUGUGUCUGUGUGUGUCUGUGUCUGUGUGUCUGUGUGUGUCUGUGUCUGUGUGUCUGUGUGUGUUUGUGUGUGUUCGUUCCUGUGUCUCAGUGGCUCUCCCCAUGGUGAACGGCCUGGAGCUGUACGAUGUUACCCACAACACUAUGCGGGCGCGGUGGAGCGGUGUGCAGGGCGUCUCGGGGUACACGGUCCUCUACGCCCCCCUGACCGAGGACGGGGCCUCCGACGAGAAAGAGGUACCCCAGCCAGAGGGCCGCGAGCCUGGGUGGGAUUGGUCUGGGGGAGGGUCCUUCCUGGAGGGGCUGGUGGUGGUCCCCGUGUCUCUUUUCUUCUGGUGAAAUCUAGCAUGGAUACUCCCUAGUUACUAAACCACAGGAUCACCGGGGUGGUAGGCUUUGUGUCAGUGGAUCUGGUGCUAAACUGAAAAGAAACUCCAGCAGCACACUGGUGAUCAGAGGUUUAUUGGAUCUGGUGGUGUCAUGGAGGCAGGAGAGACCUCAAUAAGAGGACUUCCUCUGUCCCUGUCUCUGUCCCUGUCCCUGUCCCUGUCUCUAGAGAAAAUGUUGCAGUUUUAAAGAAAGUUUGCUUCAAUUCUACUCAUUUUGCCAUGGGGCGGAGAGAAGAUUUUGCAGUUUUAUAACUAAUUUCAUGCAAUUCUACUCAUUUUGCCAUGGGGCAGAGAGAAUAUUUAGCAAUUUUAUAACUAAUUUCAUACAAUUCUACUCAUUUUGACAUGGGGCGGAGAGAAGAUUGAGCAAUUUUAUAACUAAUUUCAUACAAUUCUACUCAUUUUGCCAUGGGGCGGAGUGUGAUGAGUGUGAUAGAAGGAGUCAGGCGCAGGAGGGUAAUCACCGAAUGCAGAGUUUAUUCCGUCGUACACACAUAGCGCUGGAUAGCGACAAACGAAACAGGCACAGGGGACAUAUCUACCCUGGCAAUACAAGGUAACGGUAGCUCAACAAUAACAGGGGAAAUAUCUACCCUGGCAAUACAAGGUACGAGUAGCUCCACCGAGCUACAAUACUCUCACAAAGAAACAAUCACCCACAAGGACAAGGGGGGCAGAGGGAACACUUAUACACAGACUAAUGAGGGGAUAUGAACCAGGUGUGUGUGAUUGACAAGACAAGACAAAUGGAAUGAUGAAUAAUGGAGCGGCAGUGGCUAGUAGGCCGGAGAUGACGAACGCCGAAGCCUGCCCGAACAAGGAGGGGAGGCAGCCUCGGCGGGAAGUCGUGACACGGAGAGAAGAUUUAGCAAUUUUAUAACUAAUUUCAUGCAAUUCUACUCAUUUCGCCAUGGGGCUGAGAGGAAAAUUAGCUAUUUAACAUUUUGCCAUAGGUUGGAGAGAAAUGGGAGAAUUUUUUAAUAUGAUAUCUGAGUGAGACUGACUAACAAAAUCAAUGGGGGCCCCUGGUCGGUAGUUCGACCAUGAUCGCAAGUUUAGAUAGCUGUCUGCUAAACUAACUUAGCAAAUGUUUUGCUGACAUGGGCUAAUUGACUGACUAUCAGUGACUGACAUAACAAAAAAAAAUAUAUAUUAUCAGAGGGCCUUCAAAAGGGGUGCCGCGGGCCGGAAUAUUCCAGAAGAUGCCUCAGAAAUAAUACUGUACAUUCUAUAAAGCUUUUUUCAGACAGUGGAAAGAAGUUACAUGUUUCAUAUUGAAUUAUUCUCCAUACUAAUCAGGCUUCCAGAUGGUACUUCUUGGGUUGAGUCCCAAUGGCACCCUAUUCCCUAUAUAAAUCCACUACAUUUUGAAAAUACAAAUACUACAAAAGUAGUGCACUGUAUAAGGAAUAGGGUGUCAUUUGGAACGCACACCACUGUGUCACCAGGACCUUCACUGGUGCCACGUUUUUCCCCAUUAAACCAACAGAUGAAGGUGUCAGACGCAGUAACUGACCUGGAGCUGGGGGCCUUGACUCCUGCUACAGAGUACACUGUGACAGUCUAUGCCAUGUAUGGAGAAGAGGCUAGUGAUCCUAUGACUAACCAGGAGACCACCUGUGAGUGUCCUCUCAAACUUACUGUAACAUAUUCAACAAUUCAGAUAAAGGUUGAGAUAGAUACUGUAUAUCUUCCUGUCUUCAGAAGUUGUAACUAUCUCUUGUAGCUGUAUAGCACAUUGUGACAACUGCUGAUGGAAAAAGGGCUUUAUAAAUACAUUUGAUUGAUUGAUUGAUCUCUGCAACAUGACGUAUUGAGUUAACCCCUUUGUGUCUGCAGUGCCACUGAGCCCUCCCAAGAACCUUGUGUUCUCUGAGGUGGACCACAACUCAGCCAAACUGUCGUGGGAAGCUGCCUCAAGGAAGGUGACAGGAUACCGCAUUAUGUACGUCAAGACUGGCGGGCGACAGACUAAUGAGGUGAGAGACAAGACUAGGGGAUUUAACUUAGAACAAGACUUGGGGAUUUAACCUAGAACAAGACUAGGGGAUUUAACCUAGAACAAGACUAGGGGAUUUAAUCUAGAGUUAUCCAUAUAUUGCAUCCGACUUCCUCCUUCUCUCUCUCUCUCUCUCUCUCUCUCUCUCUCUCUCUCUCUCUCUCUCUCUCUCUCUCUCUCUCUCUCUCUCUCUCUCUCUCUCUCUCUCUCUCUCUCUCUCUCUCUCUCUCUCUCUCUCUCUCUCUUCUCUCAAUACUGUGUGUCUCUGUUUCCCCUUAGGUGGAGGUGGGUCCAGUCACGUCCUGGACUCUAAAUGACCUGACGUCUGUAAUGGAGUAUGAGGUGGCCAUCUUUGGGAUCUACAACGAGGGCCAAUCAGAAGCCAUCUCUGGCAUGUUCACCACCGGUAAGAACCAAUCAGAGUCUAUCAGAGUAGUGCCAGAUGGCAGGGUUGGCACUUUAGGAGCUAUUUUAUUGGUACUAACCAGGUCAGAGUACUACUGUAGUAUGAGUUCUUCCUAUUGGUACUAACCAGGUCAGAGUACUACUGUAGUAUGAGUUAUUCAUAUUGGUACUAACCAGGUCAGAGUACUACUGUAGUAUGAGUUCUUCCUAUUGGUACUAACCAGGUCAGAGUACUACUGUAGUAUGAGUUCUUCCUAUUGGUACUAACCAGGUCAGAGUACUACUGUUGUAUGAGUUCUUCCUAUUGGUACUAACCAGGUCAGAGUAGUACUGUUGUAUGAGUUCUUCCUAUUGGUACUAACCAGGUCAGAGUACUACUGUAGUAUGAGUUCUUCCUAUUGGUACUAACCAGGUCAGAGUAGUACUGUAGUAUGAGUUCUUCCUAUUGGUACUAACCAGGUCAGAGUACUACUGUUGUAUGAGUUCUUCCUAUUGGUACUAACCAGGUCAGAGUACUACUGUUGUAUGAGUUCUUCCUAUUAGUACUAACCAGGUCAGAGUACUACUGUAGUAUGAGUUCUUCCUAUUGGUACUAACCAGGUCAGAGUACUACUGUAGUAUGAGUUCUUCCUAUUGGUACUAACCAGGUCAGAGUAGUACUGUACUAUGAGUUCUUCCUAUUGGUACUAACCAGGUCAGAGUACUACUGUAGUAUGAGUUCUUCCUAUUGGUACUAACCAGGUCAGAGUACUACUGUAGUAUGAGUUCUUCCUAUUGGUACUAACCAGGUCAGAGUACUACUGUUGUAUGAGUUCUUCCUAUUGGUACUAACCAGGUCAGAGUAGUACUGUUGUAUGAGUUCUUCCUAUUGGUACUAACCAGGUCAGAGUACUACUGUAGUAUGAGUUAUUCCUAUUGGUACUAACCAGGUCAGAGUACUACUGUUGUAUGAGUUCUUCCUAUUGGUACUAACCAGGUCAGAGUAGUACUGUAGUAUGAGUUCUUCCUAUUGGUACUAACCAGGUCAGAGUACUACUGUUGUAUGAGUUCUUCCUAUUGGUACUAACCAGGUCAGAGUAGUACUGUUGUAUGAGUUCUUCCUAUUGGUACUAACCAGGUCAGAGUACUACUGUAGUAUGAGUUAUUCCUAUUGGUACUAACCAGGUCAGAGUACUACUGUAGUAUGAGUUAUUCCUAUUGGUACUAACCAGGUCAGAGUACUACUGUAGUAUGAGUUCUUCCUAUUGGUACUAACCAGGUCAGAGUACUACUGUUGUAUGAGUUCUUCCUAUUGGUACUAACCAGGUCAGAGUACUACUGUUGUAUGAGUUCUUCCUAUUGGUACUAACCAGGUCAGAGUACUACUGUAGUAUGAGUUCUUCCUAUUGGUACUAACCAGGUCAGAGUACUACUGUUUUAUGAGUUCUUCCUAUUGGUACUAACCAGGUCAGAGUACUACUGUUGUAUGAGUUCUUCCUAUUGGUACUAACCAGGUCAGAGUACUACUGUUGUAUGAGUUCUUCCUAUUGGUACUAACCAGGUCAGAGUACUACUGUUGUAUGAGUUCUUCCUAUUGGUACUAACCAGGUCAGAGUACUACUGUAGUAUGAGUUCUUCCUAUUGGUACUAACCAGGUCAGAGUACUACUGUUGUAUGAGUUCUUCCUAUUGGUACUAACCAGGUCAGAGUAGUACUGUUGUAUGAGUUCUUCCUAUUGGUACUAACCAGGUCAGAGUACUACUGUAGUAUGAGUUAUUCCUAUUGGUACUAACCAGGUCAGAGUACUACUGUAGUAUGAGUUAUUCCUAUUGGUACUAACCAGGUCAGAGUACUACUGUAGUAUGAGUUCUUCCUAUUGGUACUAACCAGGUCAGAGUACUACUGUUGUAUGAGUUCUUCCUAUUGGUACUAACCAGGUCAGAGUACUACUGUUGUAUGAGUUCUUCCUAUUGGUACUAACCAGGUCAGAGUACUACUGUAGUAUGAGUUCUUCCUAUUGGUACUAACCAGGUCAGAGUACUACUGUUGUAUGAGUUCUUCCUAUUGGUACUAACCAGGUCAGAGUACUACUGUUGUAUGAGUUCUUCCUAUUGGUACUAACCAGGUCAGAGUACUACUGUUGUAUGAGUUCUUCCUAUUGGUACUAACCAGGUCAGAGUACUACUGUUGUAUGAGUUCUUCCUAUUGGUACUAACCAGGUCAGAGUACUACUGUAGUAUGAGUUCUUCCUAUUGGUACUAACCAGGUCAGAGUACUACUGUUGUAUGAGUUCUUCCUAUUGGUACUAACCAGGUCAGAGUACUACUGUAGUAUGAGUUAUUCAUAUUGGUACUAACCAGGUCAGAGUACUACUGUAGUAUGAGUUCUUCGUAUUGGUACUAACCAGGUCAGAGUACUACUGUAGUAUGAGUUCUUCCUAUUGGUACUAACCAGGUCAGAGUACUACUGUUGUAUGAGUUCUUCCUAUUGGUACUAACCAGGUCAGAGUACUACUGUUGUAUGAGUUCUUCCAGUCAGAAGUGAUGUGUGUUUUACCUCAUCUUCUAUCUGAUCUGAUGAUGCUGUUUGAUCUCUCUAAUAGACCCUGUGCCAGGCCCCGUUGACCUCCAGGCCAGUGAGGUCACCACAGAGAGCUUCCGGGUCAGCUGGGGUCACUCUGUUCCGGGCAUCGUCCUCUACAAACUGACCUGGGCUUCUUAUGAUGGAGAGGACACUAAGGAGGUCAGUACUGGGACAACCCACUAAGGAGGUCAGUACUGGGACAACCCACUAAGGAGGUCAGUACUGGGACAACCCACUAAGGAGGUCAGUACUGGGACAACCCACUAAGGAGGUCAGCACUGGGACAACCCACUAAGGAGGUCAGUACUGGGACAACCCACUAAGGAGGUCAGUACUGGGACAACCCACUAAGGAGGUCAGUACUGGGACAACCCACUAAGGAGGUCAGUACUGGGACAACCCACUAAGGAGGUCAGUACUGGGACAACCCACUAAGGAGGACAGUACUGGGACAACCCACUAAGGAGGUCAGUACUGGGACAACCCACUAAGGAGGUCAGUACUGGGACAACCCACUAAGGAGGUCAGUACUGGGACAACCCACUAAGGAGGUCAGUACUGGGACAACCCACUAAGGAGGUCAGUACUGGGACAACCCACUAAGGAGGUCAGUACUGGGACAACCCAAAAGGGAAAUCAGACCUGGAUCAAUACAUUUGUCAAAUGCUUCCUAAGACUCUUCCUGCUGUUGAUUUAGUUUGCCAGGUAAAAUAGAAUCAAUGGAAUAGUCCCAAAAGUGCAAACUCCAAUACCCAUAUGCCAAGUUAGAUACUUGACUUGAUUGGGUGCCUGAUUGACUGGGUUUUUAGAGGCUGAUAUAACUGUGAUCAUGCCUCAGAUCCAAAGUGUUGAUCAUCUGUCCUUAACAAGACAACAUCAGGUGCAGAAUGACACCACGCUCCAGUCUCUAGCCAGCUGAUCUGUUUGUGCUGUUUUGCCAACUCCUAUGACAGCAGCCAUUGGAGUUGGCUAUAAAGCACAAACCGUUAUGGGCCCAGGCUAGUGAAAUAUGCUCUCUGAACUGACUCACCACCCUCAUGCAUCACCUGGGCCUGGCCUUUUCCUGGGUCCUGACUGACUGCUGGAGCUAGCUGGUCUUUCCAGAUAGCACAGCAGGACUGCAGGUCGGUGUGUUUUCCUGGGAGUCACCGCUGCAGAAAAUAACAUGUGUCCCAAAUGGCACCCUAUUCCCUGUAAAGUGCACUACUUUGGAUCUGAGCCCUAUGGGCCCUGGUCAAAAGUAGUGCACUAAAUGGAGAAUAGGGUGCCAUUUGGACCGCAUGCUGUGACUGUAGAGCUGUGAGUCUGUGACUCUGAGGUAGGGUGGUGGAAUGUUACACCACUGAGACCCAAAACGCUCCGUCGAUCUGGAGAGGAGAGAUUUUCCCACAAAACCCAACAACCCAGACUAGUUGAGUUAAUCCAUGAGAGAGCAGUGUAUGAUAAUUAUAUUGAUCAUAGAUCAGCAUGUCUAUUUUAUCCUUUCUGUUUUCUAUUCUCUCUUAUUAUGUCAUAUCUCUGCAGUCGCGAGAGGAGCGUGUGCUGAGGAGCGGAGAGGUAGCUGGGGGGGGGGGGGGGCGGCGGGGAGAGGCGUGAGGGCGGUGGGCGGGCCGGGGGGCGGGCGGGGGGGCGGGGCGGGCGAGGUGGCGGGCGGGGUGGGGGUGAGGGGUGGGGUCUCUUUCUCGUUUGUCUCUUCUCGUCCAAGCGGCUGCGCUAGCUCGCCUGAGGCGCGCGCGCGCGCCUGCGCGCCGUCGGCGCGCCGAGAAGAUGCGCGCCGACACUGA